UUUCAAUGAUCAGUAUCCACGACCACCACCGCUCCGAGAUCAUGGUCCUCUUGUUACCCGCUCUGCUGCUGUUCAUCGCCGCCGCCGCCACCACCACCACCAGCCCGCGGCUCAAACACACAUUGCCGGAUCACAACACAAAACGGGUUCACUUUCAGCAAGUUGAACAAUUUGCCACCACACUCCUCGAAGGAAGGACCCUGUACGUCGGUGGAAACGGAGUUCUCUAUCGGAUUAACUUCGAUAACUCGUCCACCCCGAAUAAGAUCCACCUGCCCAAUGUUCCUGAGAAAUGUCGAGGGCAAAACUCGGUUUCCUGUGGGAAUUAUAUCAUGGUCCUGCAGAGGUACGAUGCAAAUAAACUCCUAGUGUGUGCAACUGGCUCGCCCCACUCACUAUGCUGGCUGUCUCAUAACGGUGAAAUGAAGGAAUUUAUCAAUGGGCAGAAACGUGUUUUGGGAAAAUAUGUUCUACCCAGUCCUCCACGACAAGGCUUUGCUUCUUUAGUUGUUGAGCAGAGGAUCUAUUCCGCGGCCCCUUUUGAUAAUGACAAGAUGGUAUUCGAUGGCUACAGGAGGAGUGACGACAUCAAGCGGCUAAGGGCUGAUAUCAGGUGGAUGAACGAUCCCAAGUUUGUGGGAAUGUCUCCGGUGGGCAACCUGAUUUACAUGUUCUUCCGAGAAAGGAAUUCACAGAACGAUCCUGAUGUUGAUCCAUGGAUUUCUCGCAUCGCCCGAGUGUGCAAGGAUGACCAUGGUGGGUCUCCAAGGCGACUGCAGAUGAAGUGGUCGACCUUCCUCAAAGCCCGCCUGCUCUGUAACGAGUCGAACAAUGUCCACUUCAACAGGAUUGAAGACACCUUCAUUUACAAGUCGCCCGUUGACAAUGAAACAAGGGUCUACGGCGUAUUUAGCAGUAAUUGGAAUGGAACAGCCGUGUGUGUUUACUCCAUGGAUGAGAUUAGAGAUGUCUUUAAAACUUCUGCCUUUAAGGAUUCCAAUGGGCCUGUUCCCAGUAACCCAAGACCAGGCACGUGUGUCAAAAACACAAAGGAAUUGCCGGACGAAGUGCUCGCUCUUGUAGAGGAUCACCCUGAAAUGGAGACUUGGAUUAGUCCCAUCGGAGGCCGGCCACUCAUGACCAGUUAUGACCCGCACAUCAAGAAGAUAGUCGUGGAUUCCGUUGUCGGCCCGGGUGGAGAGAACCGCCUGCUGAUCCUAGCCAUGGGAGACGGUACAAUCCACAAGGUUCUUGAGACUGGUACUUCCACCUUCACCAUAGCGCAGCUUACUGUGUUGAAGCAACCUGCUCCCAUCUUGUCCAUAUCCCUCGACUCUGACAGGAAACUUCUGUACGUGACUUCGACCAUGGAGCUGGCUCGGUUCCCACUGGUUGCGUGUGAGGAAUAUGUCGGGUCGUGUGCAACUUGUCUUCAAGCCAGGGACCCUUACUGUGGAUGGGAUAAAGACCAAAAUAAGUGUAUCCCCGUCACGCCUAAUUCGAAGAAAGUCGAUCAGAAUCUCACGAGUGGCGAAGGCUGUGUCACCAUCAAAGGUAAGGUUGCUUUGAAAAAUGUUCAUAUAAUGCAUGGUUUUACUCCACUGCUCACAGGUUCAGUUAAAACAUAG